UAAAACACGUUGUCGUGAGUAGCGGUCCCAUUCCUCUUCGUCGACGAACGAGCAUUCCACACUCCAUCGGACGCCUUCAACCGUUGUCAGUCCUGCGUGGUUGUUCUCGGGCAAGCAGUGAAGAAGGUUCGAACCCUAGGACAUUUUCUUUUCCCAGAAUCCGGCUUCAUUGAGUCAUCCUUUUCAUCUUGGACAUUAAUGUCGCCUUCAAAAUACCUCAGAGUUAUCAUUCCUUUCAUUGGCAGAAAUAAAGGCUUCUUAUCUGUGGUUCUCUAUGAGCUAUAUUUGAUCAGCUAUGAAAUCGAGUGUGAAUCCUGGAUUAAUGUUCAGGCCAACCAUGAACCUCUCUAUCUUAGAGACAGUUUUGCACAAAUGCCAAUUUCUAAAGCAAUUGAAUCAAAUCUUGUCCCAGAUGGUACUGACCGGAUUUAUCAAAGAUACAUAUGCUGCUAGCAGAAUCAUCACGUUUUCAACGAACUCAAAUUUCAUUGGCAUUGAUUACUCUCUCAAAAUUUUUAAUCACAUUGAGAACCCUAAUGGGUAUAUUUGGAACACUAUGAUGCGCGCAUACUUGGAAAGGAACUCUCCUCAUGAGGCCUUAACUUUGUACAAAUUGUUCCUCAUUAAUGAUCCCAUUCCAGAUAACUACACCUACCCAAUUCUUCUUCAGUCUUGCACUGCUCGGUCUUCAGAAUUUGAAGGAAAACAAUUGCAUAAUCACAUUUUGAAAUUGGGUUUCAAUUCAGAUAUUUAUGCUAGGAAUACAUUGAUCAAUAUGUAUGCAGUUUGUGGGAGCAUGAGUAGUGCGCGUAAGAUUUUUGAUGAAAGUCCUGUGUUGGAUCAAAUUUCUUGGAAUUCAAUUUUGGCAGGGUACGUUCAGAUGGGCGAUGUAAAGGAGGCAAUAUAUAUAUAUGAUCGGAUGCCGGAAAGAAAUAUUAUUGCAUCUAAUUCUAUGAUUGUGUUGUUUGGAAAAACUGGUCAUGCUGUUGAGGCUUGUCAACUAUUUAAUGAAAUCCCCCAAAAAGAUAUGGUUUCAUGGAGUGCAAUGAUUUCUUGUUAUGAACAAAAUGCAAUGUAUGAGGAGGCAUUGGUUUUCUUCACGAAGAUGAAUAAAAAUGAAGUUACAGUGGAUGAGGUGGUGGUGGUAAGUGUUCUUUCUGCUUGCACACACUUAUCAAUUGUCCAGACAGGAAAAUCAAUGCACGGCUUGGCUGUGAAAAUUGGAAUUCAAUCCUAUGUUAACCUUCAAAAUGCUUUGAUACAUUUGUACUCAAGUUGUGGGGAAAUAUUGGAUGCAAAAAAGCUUUUCAAUGAUGGCAUCCACUUGGACAGGAUUUCUUGGAACUCUAUGAUAUCCGGGUACCUGAAAUGUGAUUUAGUUGAAGAUGCUGAGUCAUUAUUCAACUCCAUGCCAGAGAAGGAUAUUGUGUCUUGGAGUGCCAUGAUAUCAGGGUAUGCUCAACAUGAACGUUUCUCAGAGGCUCUAGCAUUGUUUCGAGAAAUGCAGUUUCAUGGAAUCCCACCAGAUGAGAUCACAUUAGUGAGUGUAAUCUUGGCAUGCACCCAUCUCGCUGCAUUAGACUUGGGAAAAUGGAUUCAUGCUUAUAUUAGUAAAAAUAAUUUAAAGGUUAAUGUUGUAUUGGGUACAACUCUUAUAAGUAUGUAUGUGAAAUGUGGAUGUGUGGAAAAUGCUUUUGAGAUUUUCAAUGUGAUGGAGGAAAAGGGAGUUUCAACUUGGAAUGCUCUUAUCCUUGGGCUGGCAAUGAAUGGUAUGGUAGAGAAGGCCCUUGGCAUGUUUGCAGAUAUGAAAACAGUAGGGUUGCUUCCGAAUGAGAUAACUUUUAUUGGAGUUCUUGGUGCAUGUCGGCACAUGGGCCUAGUGGAUGAGGGGCGCCACCACUUUCAUUCUAUGAUUGAAGAACACAAAAUAGAGCCAAAUGUUAAGCAUUACGGAUGCAUGGUUGAUCUCUUAGCACGUGCUGGUAUGCUUAAAGAAGCAGAGAAACUUAUUGAAAGUAUGCCAAUGGCACCAGAUGUUGCUACUUGGGGUGCUUUGCUUGGGGCUUGUAAGAAAUAUGGUAACAAGGAAAUGGGGGAGAGGGUGGGAAAAAAGCUCAUUCAACUUCAACCUGACCAUGAUGGUUUCCAUGUUUUACUAUCAAAUAUAUAUGCUUCCAAAGGAAAUUGGAAUGAGGCUCUUGAAAUUAGGGGGAAGAUGAUGGAACAUGGGGUGGUGAAGACGCCUGGUUGUAGCAUAAUUGAAGCAAAUGGAGUGGUUCAUGAAUUCUUUGCUGGAGACAAGACACAUUCUAGAAUAAAUGAUAUUGAGAAUAUGUUGGAUGUUGUGGCGUUGAAGUUAAAGGAUGAAGGAUAUUCACCAGAUACAAAUGAGGUUUCACUUGACAUUGAUGAAGAAGAGAAGGAAACUGCCCUUUUUAGACACAGUGAGAAACUUGCAAUAGCAUUUGGACUUCUCACCGUUGCCCCAUCUACACCAAUUAGAAUUAUCAAGAACUUGAGAAUUUGUAAUGAUUGCCACAUUGCAGCAAAAUUGAUUAGCAAAGCAUUUGAUCGUGUUAUUGUGAUUAGGGAUCGCCAUCGCUUUCACCACUUCAAGCAUGGAUCUUGUUCUUGCAUGGAUUUUUGGUAACGUUAUUGUUCUUGAAAGUAAAGUGGUGGGGGACAUGGGUACAUCAUUCUUGUCAUUGUGUUCUGGAACUUUUUUUUUUGGGGCCAAAUUGUGCUCUGGAACUUAAGUUCAACCAUUGAUGGAGAAUUGGAGAUUCACAAAAACACGAAUUUUGUGCGUGCCCUAACUCCCCAACAAUCGAAGUUGAGAUUAAUGCCUUGCAUGCCAAGAGGGCUUAGCGUGUUUCAUUUGGCCUUUUCGGCUGGCAAUCAGUCAGAAUGGAAAUAUUUUGCUACUAACUACUGGGGACUGGUGGCAAGGCAGUUGAAAUAACUUUUAAGUGCAUUUUCAUUUGUCGAACUUGGGAAGUUUCGACUGAAAGGAUUAUAUGCAGAUAUCUUAAACUCCAUACCAUUGUUAGUUACCGGCAUAAUAUUGGAUUUGAAUUUGCUGAGUGGCUUAAGUCUAGUCACUUAAUGAGUGUGUUAUAUGACACAAUAACAGUUAUUCAAUUUAAUUGAAUGGUUGUAAGAGAUUUUAUUAUAUAAUUUUAAAAAGAAAAUCAAACAUUACAUUUUUGGAGAGAACAAUGUAUGUGAGGUGUGCUUUAAUUGUUAGGAUUGUUUUAAAUUUUUGGAGGGAAAUGUAUUUUUAUAAUUUUUAAGUAUUAAUAAAAUUUAAUAAUCGUAAUUGAGACACUUAUUAAGUGAGUAAAUUUAAGCCAUUCAUCGAAUCUAAAUCUCACAAUAUUUAUAUGUUGGUGGUACGACUACUCACUAAUUGGAUUGUCUAGAAUGCCAGAAAUGAGGUAGGAAAUAGGUAGCAGUAGACUACCAUGGCAAAAGAUCUUUCCUAAUACUUGCAGGCUUUUUAAAGUGUUG